GGAGUAGUAUUGUGUUGCUGCCUUAAGGAACUGCCCUCACGUCACCAUUGAAAUCCACGUCUGGGACUGCAGUGCAGUUGGUGGUCUGCAGCCGUCUCUCACGUGGCUAGGCUGUUAGGUCAACGGGCUAAAGCUAGCUAGCUGACGCGGAGUAAGAUCCAGUUUUCUGAUCAAACCUUCUCCUUCCAGUGUUGUGUCGAAUGUAGGUAAAGUGGCUACCAACACCACAAAAGAUAGAGACACCUUUAUAACGCAAUCCGUAGCAAGUAUUAGCCUACUACGAGUUUUUUUAGAAAUCCACAAACAAGAAGCGCUGCGCUGAUGUUGCGCUAGUCUCUCCUCUUGCGCUACCUUCUGACUAUCUUGGUUCAUUGUCCCUGACAAAGGUUCACAGCACACUACAAAACUCAGUCAACUUAACAUUUAAUAAAAUUUAUGUGAAUAUUUGCUCAUAAUAAUAUAUUACUUUUCUUUCUACUGUCUUUAUAAGCUUAGAUAAUGAGUUUUUCUUUGUGAAUAACAACACCAAAAUUUACAAAGUCGCACCAGACAGCUGGAAGAAAGUGCCUACAGCCGCCUUUGUCCUUUUCUUCAGGGUCAAAUUCUUUGUCAAUGACAUUUCUAUUCUUAUGCACAACCAGACCCGUCACCAGUAUUACCUCCAGCUCAGGAGAGACCUUUUGGACGACAGGCUCUCCUGCCACGAGGAGACGGCUCUGUACCUGGGAGCGCUGGCCCUGCAGACGGAGUAUGGAGACUGCAUGUCUGAGGCUUAUGGUAGGAACUACUACCGCCCCGACCAGUACGUCUCCAAGAGUGUGAUGGAGAAACGUGCCUUGCCUUACAUUCAGGCGGAGCUGCUGCGACUUCACAUGAGCAAUGCCCAGAUGCUCCAUGAGGAGUCAGAGCUCGAGUUUCUCAAGGUGUGUCAGCAGUUGCCUGAAUACGGCGUCUUCUUCCACCGUGCGGUGCGUGAGAGGAAGCCUUCGGAGGAAGGGAUAAUCCUUGGAGUCUGUGCCAGAAGAAGAACAACAACAACAUAGUUGGAGAAACCAAACAGCCACUACACAGAAGGAUGUCUCAGCACAGAUGGAACAACACAUCAGGCCCAGUUUCAGCAGUGGAAUGAAGUUCACAUUCUGGACAGAGGAGGAGGAGAGUAACCUCACUGUUCUACCUCGCUACCUCCCAUUUAGACACAUGUAGUCUGUCUUAUUACAACUGACUUUCGUGCCUCCUCAUUCCAGAGGAAACCUCCACCUCUCCAGCUGUUCCUCCACCUGCUCUCUACUCUCACUGCAGAUCAAACAUCAUUGUCCAGGGAGAUUCCUGUGUGACCUCGUCUGUCAGCCUGUUCAUCAGCAUAGCAAACAAGAAGGGACUCAAAGCUGAUUGUUGGUUUAGUUUGAACUAACAGAGUGGUGAAGACUGAAGGAAGUAAUUCAGUUUAAACAACGCUUGAAUCGUCUUUAAGAAUAUGAUUUGUAAAAUAUGAUUGUUUGACAGUAUGAAAGGCAGCUGCUUGACUUUUUUUGUAGAAUGGAAUCACGGUGAAAUCAUCUAAACACAUCUGGAUCCUAAGUUUUAGUUACUGCUUUGUUCUUUGUUAAAUCAGCCCAUGAGUCACAAAAUCAACACAACAUCACUCGUUGAUAUGAAUCUGUGUUUACUUUAAAGGAUGUGAUCCAGAACAGACCAUACUGUAUGCUGUGUAUUUAAUUUAAUUUAUUUUUAGCACCAAACGCUCUGUAUUUACACUUUUAAUCCCUAAAAGUAGUCUGAAGACUCGCUUUGUUGUGUUCCCUCUGUUUUGACCUGACUAACUACCACCAUCCGUCAUCACCUGUGAUUUGCCCUCAGUCUGCACAUAUCUUCUGCUCAUGUCCUUAGACCUCUAGGCAAUUGGACAAGAUUAGAAAGGCUCAGUGCAAUAAGAAGUCUGUGAUAGCUAAGUUCUUUGAUACAGAAAAAGCAUAUUAUAUGUGGUAAAGGGAAGGUUUAUUAAUUAAAUUACAGUAUUAUGAGAACAAUUUCAGUUCAAUUAAGAAAAAAAUUAGCAAUUGUUAUUUAGUUGAGAAUGGGACACCACAGGGAAGUAUUAUCCAGUGUUGUUUUCA